ACUAGUCAAAUUGUAUCUCGGUUCAUGGCAUGCCACAACGACUCUAUCGGCUUAUAGUCAUUCCUGGCACUCGGCGCAUGUCUUUGAUCAACCCCGGUUCCGUCACUCGUAUCUGGUUGAACCAGUACUUCCUUUCCGCCGUUCCUAGGGACCACCCACUCCCGUUCCCAUGAGUGAUCCGAGACAGUACGCGGAGAUUAAUCGGUCUCUUUUGGUUCUCAUUCCAAAAGUUGAGCAGCCUGUUAGCAUAAAAAUGGCAAUUAUCCUCCUUCUAUUCGUUCUGGAUACGGGCCUAGUCCUGAGUGCGCUGUCUGUCUUCUCGGCUGGCCCAAACAACGGGAUUGGUCCUGUGGGAUUAGCACCAAAAUUCCUCGGCAUCUCAUCCUCCUGUUGCUGGUCAUUUCCUAAAGGAUCGAAGGUUCAGCCGACGCCUCAAAGUGGAUUUGUUGUGCGAAGGUCAAGUGGUAAGGUAGGGCGCUCUUCGAUGAAGAAAAGAAGAGACUUUUGGAAAAGUGGUUCAGCUCAGCUGGUUAGAGCAAAGGACUGUAAAUCCUUGUGUCAGUGGUUCGAAUCCACAACCACUUCUAUUCUCGGAGCUGAGGAAGAAGAAGGAUCAACUGGGAAUGAAUGGGAAGACUGGAGUAGUAUCUCUUCAUUAGUCGGAAGGAAUUUGUCUCCACUAGCCUCAUUCGAAAAAGAACAGAAUCCGAACAAACAAGAAAAGGGUUUAGGUAGGAGAGUGCUUACUGUUGCUGUUGUGAUCCCUUUGUUCGUGGUACAGCCAAGCGGGGAACCACCAAGUGCAGCUAAAGUAGGGGCUUGGCUGCGUAGAAUAUCUAUCUUGUUCAUGUCCCUGCCCGGGAUUUCUUCCUUGGCUGUAGCUUCGCUCCUUGGGUCUACUCCCCGUUUUUCUGGAAGGUUCUACCUAGAUGCCGGAGGAACCCAUUCCCUUCGUUGAUGUUGUAGCUUUCGUUGUUUAGAGGGCGCAUGAAUGGGGCAGCUAAUUAAUUGCAUAGUAGUGCUGCUGUUCCUGCAAGCACGAAGUCCGCGCUGUAGCUUCUGUCAUUUCAUUAGUAUUCCUCUUCUCCUCCGUUGGGAAUAGGUUGCAUUAAGGGAACAGGUAUGUAGGCUUUAGCCGGCUUCUCCCUGUGCUUACAUGGGGUUUAUUGCAGCUAUCCCCUCGCAUUUGUAGCUCUUGAGCAGCCAAGCUCUAAUCAAUAGGUUCUAAAGUC